CGUCAGGCGCUAGCAGUAUCUACGAAGCCUUGAGCAUUUUACAGUUAUCCUUUGUCAACAACGCCUGUGCCCGCAAACCCUUGUAUCGUGGCAUUUUACUGUCGCGUUUUCCAAACCUCAAAGUGCUAGACGGCCUACAAUUGCUAGACGAGGAACAGAGGCCACUGUCCGAAAAACCAUUAGUAACAACAUUUGCGACGACGGGGCAAACUGUUGCCCAGCUCGCAGGAUCAGACUUUUAUGCGACGAGAGGGAAUCCCAAUCCGGGACAUCCCAAUCCAGGACAAAUUCCAGCGCAAUUGGGAUCAACUGGAACUACCGGACAACAGCAACCUGCAGUAGGUCGUGGGAGUAAUGUGGUUAAUCCUGCUGGCCGCACUCACCAGGAGCACGACGAUUCAAAACUUGGGAGGACUAAUCGAGGAGAUCAUGCUGGGAAACUUCAAAAUUUGAC